CUUACUCCCUUACAGCGUAAAAUGAAAGAAAAGUUGUCGGGAGCCAGAUUCCGUUGGUUGAAUGAACAGCUGUAUACUACUCCUGGUGACAAAUCAUUCAAGUUAUUCCAAGAAAAACCCGAAUUAUUUGAUGAGUACCAUGAAGGCUUCCGUCAUCAAGUUGAAUCAUGGCCAGUUAACCCCGUAGAUGUGAUUAUUGAUCAACUUAGGCGCCUUCCUAAGAGCACUGUCAUUGCUGACCUCGGCUGUGGCGAUGCGAUGAUUGCUCAGACUUUGAAGAAGCACAAGGUAUUAAGUUUUGAUUUAAUAGCAAAGAAUGAUUUUGUCACCGCAUGUGAUAUAUCCAAGUUACCACUUGAAGCAAAUUCAGUAGAUGUCGCAGUGUUUUCAUUAUCUCUGAUGGGUACAAACUAUAUCGACUUCUUGAAAGAGGCACAUCGUGUUUUGAAAGUUGGUGGUGAAUUGAAGAUAGCAGAGGUUGUGAGUAGAUUUAGUGAUGUUGAUGCAUUCAUCACUCUUUUGGAGGAGCUUGGCUUUGAUUUUAUGGAUAAGGAUGACGACAAUAAAAUGUUCAUCAUGUUAUACUUUACAAAGCAACCAAACUAUGAAGAAGAGGUAGAGGAUGAAGUAUUAGCUGGAUUAAGCAAAACACAAAAGAGAGCACUCAAGAAAGGCGCAGGAUUAACCACACCUAAAGUCAAGCUCCAGAAAAAGGCACAAAAACUAUUAAAACCGUGCUUAUACAAGAAGCGAUAA